CACUCACACACAAAACUGUCUGCUUACACACACAUGCAACCACUAACCAACAAGAUCGACCGUCAUUGAAGUCCAGAUCAUCAUGAUAUUGCUGCAAAUUGUGGGCCUGCCCAGCACCUCAACUAUAAACAAAACUUAGCAAAAAGUGAAUCUAAAGGUCUCUUGAUGAUGGCUAUGCCUGGUGUUCUCAUACGUUGACGAGGUUCUGAAAUUGUAACCCAACUGAGGACAAUGGAAUGUAAAGCAAUGCUACCAGACUCCACGCAAUCAGAGACUGUACCUGAAGCAGCCAACCCACCUCCAACCUCCCACGGAGCAUCCUCAGGGAGCUCUACCAAAAAGAAAAUGAAUGAAACCAGCAAGAAAAAGAAGAAACGCAAAUCGGAGGACAAGACUUCACAGAGCUCCAAAAAGAAGAAGUUGAGUAAAGAGAAGUCGCACAAAGAUAAGAACAAAAAGUCUAAGAUGGCGCCGAUGGAUGUGAAGAAAUCCGACCCAGUUGAGCCAGACUCUGAUGUUGACCUCGAGAAUGACGUGAAACCUAUACGUGACUACAUCAAAAACAGGGAGCUUAUGCUGCAGCACAUGUUUAAGAGCGUCAUUAAAGCUAAUAAGUUACAAGCCAUGCUUCCUGAGAUACUCAAGGGACUUGCUAUUGAGAACUUAAAGAGUUUAUGUCUGAUACAACUGGAAGGAAUGUCCAAAUCAAGGAUUGCAUCCAUCUUGGCAGGGGAAGAGAUGCAGUCCUCUUCAGAAGAUGAAGAAUCAGACUCGGACAUCGAGAAAGUCCUCCGCAGGCGAGAUGACAAGAAGGAUGUCAUCAACAGCGAGGUGAUAGACUCCACCUCUGUCCUGCCUCAUGCAUUGCCAGUUACUGUCGAUGUGGAGGAAGAUAAGUCUGUGCAUGAAGAAGCGGCUGGAGAGGAGGCUAUCCAAGGAGAUAGUGAGGAUGAGAAUGAUGCUGACGAAGAAGGUGCAAGUGCCGAUGAAAGUUGGCAAAACGAGACCACCAGAGACGAUGGUGAUGUAGAGGAGAAGAUGGAAUGUAGGCAAGACGAAGAAGUAGAUGAGAAUGAGAAUGCAGAGCCCACUGAGGAGGAGGAGGAGGAGGAGGAGAAGGAGGUAGUAGUUGGAGGAGAUAGUCAAGAGGAGGAGCUUUUUGUGGAAGUUAAGAAACCCAAGAAGUUUCGACGCAUAAAGAUUGUACCAACUGCGGGUGAAGAGUUUGAAGAAGGGGAAUUGACGAGCGAUGAAGUCGAAACUGAUGAAGAAAGUGUUGUGUCCACCAAGGAAGAGGUGGAGGAGUUAUUGAGACUCGAGGGUGAUGAGCAAAUGGAUGAAGACCAAGAGACAAGCCAUGGAGUGGCAGUCUCAGUAGAGGAUGAAGUAACCCAGGAAACCGAGGAAUCGCAGCCUAAGACAAUUCCUACGAAUGCUGAGGAUUCUCUCGCCAACCAAGGUAACCAGGACAAUGACAGUGACACUGGUGACAAUGACGAUGCCAUUGAUUCUGUUGACAUUAAGACAAACAUUGAAAAGGAUGUCACAACGGAUGACAUGUUGAAUGUCCUCGCUGGAGAGGAUAACUUUGACAUCGACGCAAAGGAGAGUAGUAAGCUCGUAGAAACUGAUGAUAGUGUUGAUGAUUCGGAUCGUGAUGCUGGUAGCAACGAUGCGGAGGAUGAUGUCAGUGUCAAUGAUGAGGUUGACAUUGACGUCCAGAGUGAAAUUGAUAAUGAUAUCGAUGAUGGUUCAAAUGCAAACGAAACCAAUAAAAACGUUGUCGACAUCGCAAACCUUGGGAAGGUUCAGGAACCAUCAGAGCGCCCUCAACCGUCCCAAGUGGCUUCGCUUGGGGCAACGCCGGCAAAGUCGGGGCGUAAAGUUGCUCAAGAACUGGAAGUGCUUGAAUUGGAACUCCGUGCACGGGCGAUUCGAUCGCUUAUGAAACAAUACGGAAAAGAUGUUGGUUGAGUCCUUGUCGUUUUGAUACAAACUUAAUGGAAAACUGUUUAAGUCGGUGGCAAAAAACACUAUUGCAGAAGUUAUAAGCGGAACACCGUUUUAGUUUGUAGCUAAAACGCUGCUGCAGAAUAUUAGGUUUAAUCUUGCUGAUGAAACCAAAUGAGAUCAAGCGUGACAUCGGUGUGAAAGCCAAAGUUAUCAACUACAGUCGUGUUGGAGACUUCUAAACUUUCUUGAGAACUUCACAUAAAAUUUUGAGAUAAAUUGAAGUAUGGACAGGUGUUAAAGGUACAGUGAUACUUUGGUAAUGACCCCAAAAAGAAAUUGUGAUUUCCAUCGGAAAGCUUAUUUGCUUCAAAGAUGUAAAAGUUUGUGGAAAAUUUGACAAAACGUAUGUGGACAAAACUUACUUUAUGUGGUGUCCGAUUGUGAAUGCUGUGUCCAGAAAUCAAUUAGUACCCGUUAUCACCUCCCUAAACGUGGAUGGGUCCGACAGUCUUUGUGAAAACAAAUGUAACACUUUUGUUGCUGUGUCCUCAUUGAGUAGACACUGGGAUUUAGCUGAAACUUUCACCGGAGACUUUUGUGGUAUGUUGAUAAGUUUGUCUAUAAAUCAGCAUUAUGUUAAAAGGCAGUUGACGCUAUUUGGUUAUUACUGAAAACAGAUUGUUAGCAUUCAAACUUACUUUGUAACGAGUAAUGA